GGGAGCGUGUGCGCGCGUAACGGCGAGGACGCGUUACGGACUACAAAAGUGGCAUUUGACGACUCUGCAAAGCAACGGCGACUCCUUACCGUUUCUCUCGGGAUAAAACAGCAUAUUUUGGGGUUGGUCUGGCCACUCCACAAACAACUGCAUCUCUCUCCAAAAGAAGCAAGUUAAUUCACUCUAGAUUAAAUUAGCAAGAGGUAAAAUGACCUCUCAAAGAGCGAUGGUGUUGCUUUCACUGGAUGCUGAAGCAGUCGGCUCACUCAAAGACGGAGUCAAUUUCCAGAAAAACCCAGAAGACAGAAAAUGUUACAUCAUUUACAAGACCAGCAAUGGCCUUAAAGCAUGCAAGAACCAAUGCAAACACCAGGGAGGCUUGUUCAUCAAGGACAUUGAAGACCUGGAUGGAAGGACUGUUAAAUGCACUAAACACAACUGGAAGUUAAAUGUGUCAACAAUGAAAUAUGUGAAUCCACCUGACAGCUUCUUGCAGGAUGAGUUGGAAGUAGAGAUUUUGGAUGAUGGGGGGCUUCAGCUGAUUGAGUUGAGCCCCAUCGACCCCUGGCUGGAUGACCCUCGAGAGCCUCUGGAGCUCCAGGAAGGAGAAGUCAAAGUGACGUACUUGACCCACGCCUGCAUGGAGCUGCAGCUGGGGCCGAGGCGCUUCAUGUUCGACCCGUGGUUGACGGGUCCUGCAUUUGCCAGAGGCUGGUGGCUUCUCCAUGAGCCUCCAGCAGACUCCUUGGACAGACUGUGCGCAGCAGAUCUGAUCUACAUCAGCCAUAUGCACUCGGACCACCUCAGUUACCCCACACUGAAAGUCUUGUCAGAGAGGAGGCCAGAUGUCCCCAUUUAUGUGGGUGACACAUCGAGAGCUGUCUUUUGGUAUUUGGAGCAAAGUCAAGUCAAGCUGACCAACAUCAACGUUGUUCCUUUUGGAGUCUGGCAAAAUAUUGACGAAGACCUGAGAUUCAUGAUCCUGAUGGAUGGUGUGCAUCCAGAAAUGGACACCUGCAUCAUUGUUGAAUAUAAAGGUCACAUGAUCCUGAACACUGUGGACUGCACCAGGCCAAACGGGGGCCGGCUACCACAGAAUGUGGACUUAAUGAUGAGUGACUUCGCUGGGGGUGCAUCUGGAUUCCCCAUGACGUUCAGCGGGGGGAAAUACAGUGAUUCCUGGAAGGAAGACUUUAUCAAGAACGAAAGGAAGAAGCUGCUGAAUUACAAAGCUCUGUUGGUGAAGUCCCAGCAGCCGACGAUCUACUGCCCGUUCGCUGGCUAUUUUACAGAGGCUCAUCCAUCAGACAGAUACAUUAGGGAUACAAAUGUUAAGAACAGUGCAGAGGACCUCAAUGCGCUCAUCAAUAAGCUUGCACCAAACAUCAAGACAUGGACGCCCAAACCAGGAAGUGUUCUGGACCUCGGCGUCGCUCUGAGAGACCCCACUAACAGUGAGGCCAUCACCAAUCCUCCAGCUGGUGCAAAAAUCUACAAGGACAGUUGGGAUUUCGACUUGUAUGUGGAUGAACUUAACAGCGCCAUCAGCUGUGAGAUAUUUAAACAUCAAAGCUGGAUCCAGUUUUAUUACACCUGGGCAGGCUUUCAAAACUACAACCUUGUUGUGCGGGUGAUCGAGACAGAUGAUGAAUUUGAAACCCUAACUGAUGGCUAUGACUACCUGGUGGACUUUUUGGAUCUGUCGUUCCCCACCAAGAGGCCUGACAGAGAGCACUCCUACAUAGAGGUGAAAAACCGGAUUGGGGUGAUGAGAUACGUGGUGCUGCACGGCCGUCUCUGGGAUGAUCUGUACAUUGGCUUCCAGAACCGCAUAAGCCGAGACCCGGAUAUUUACCACCACAAGUUCUGGAACCACUUCCAGACAGAGUUACCAGUUGACAGGCCAGACUGGGACCAGUUCCUGCAGCAGGAGACUUCCAUCCAGGAGCCUGACACACCACAAGAGGAGCCAAAUCAAUGGAGCUAUUGUGUAGUGUUAUGAUAAGGGUUCAAAAUUAGCACCAUCCACUAGCCAAAUUCUGGUAAAAUAUGCAAGUGGCUGGUAGAUUUGCUUCACUUACCAGCCAAGGAAACAAUGGUAAUCUAUUGAAUGGCUGGUAAAAUUUUCACAAAACAUUCACUAGCCAUUUUGCUGGUGGACGAAAAAGGUAAUUUUGAACCCUGGUUAUGAUUAUGUAUUAUUGGCAUAUGAAGAUCAAGUAACAGAUUUUUUUUAAUAUUAGAUUUAUAACUUCCAUGCCAGCUGGGUAAUACAUUACAACAUUAACAUUAGAUGUCCUUCUGGCUGCAGUAGUUGUGUUACCAUGGUAAUCUUAGAACUUUGAUGUUUGCAUUAAUCAUUGUUAGUAUGUGUCUUUGCCAAUCAUAUUUUUAUGUUAGUAAAGUGAAGUUUAUUGUUGGAAAGCCCAGUUUCACAUGAAAUGUCCCAACAGGCUGUUCAGGCCCAAAACAUGAAGCCUUGCUGACACAGCAGAAGUUCAAUAAGAAGACGAGCUUCAGAAUGAGGAAAAUCCUCUAUUUUACCGGGCAGUUCCUGUAUUUUAUCUGUUAUGUUUGAUUUGUAACCCUGUAGGCUGUGUGUUGGUUAUGGAUUUAUGUAUUAGGUAUGAUCAGGUAAUGGGUAUGUAUGGGCCACUAGUCCAUAUUUUAGAAGUACUGUAUGUGGAGUCUUGGUGUUUUAUCUGAGCAUAGCCUGAGUGUACAGCAAUAGAGAACACUGGGUCGACAUCACAAAUUUUACCUGGAAAUGAAAAAAAGAAAUACGUAUGUUAAAAAGAAAAAAAAAUAAAUUUGUAUCAACGAUAAUACUUAGCCCAGGUGCAAACCUUCAUCAAUCAAGUGAAAUCUUUGCUGUGUGCUGCUCAUAGAAAGUUCCACAUCUAUAUAUGUAUUUAAUGUCAUCCAUGAAGUGUACUUUAUACAGUCAACCAAGUGCAAUGAUACAGUAUGAGGGUGUCAGAGUUCAGGGAAGUGUAUUAAUCAUGUCAUUUAUUAUUAAUAAUCAAUGGAUGCACUGUCAAAUAGAAAACAUGAUGAUUAAAGUGUUUGUGGUGUUCCUUGUUGAGCAUUUAUUAACACCGUCAGUGUGUGACCACAGAAAAUG